GUGUCCAGGGAAAGUAUAAAGUGGGAAGGGACCCGCACGGACGGGACAUACGCUUCUGUGCUGGUACAGUCAUUGCCUCGGAAAAUCUCCAACCUCUGGUCACUUUCGCUGCUUCUCUCUGUUGCACAACUUGGGAGUCUUUAUUUCCGAAUAGGAAUAACUUCAAGACCAUCAACAAAUAGGCGACUUGAAUGCUGACCUAUUCCUGAUUAUUUAGAGAAGGUUUAUUACUGGAGUGACAACUUACGUUCACGUGAAAGCUUCUAAAAACGAAGGGAAGAAGUUUUCAAGAACAAAAAGGGAAAAGAGAAACCGGAGCCAGUUUGGGAUGCUACCACUCGCGGGGAUGCAGACUCGCAGCGCGCUGAGUUCCUUACUGUGCGUGAUGAGCUGCGCGUGGCUGCACUCUGGACUGGCCUCACGGCAUAAAUCUCCCGUUCUGCCCAUCCAUUCGGAGAGGGAACCUUUACCAUCCAAGGGCAUGUCAGGAUGUUCAUUCGGAGGAAGAUUCUAUUCUCUGGAGGACACUUGGCACCCUGACCUCGGGGAGCCGUUUGGAGUCAUGCACUGUGUCCAAUGUUACUGCGAGACACAAAGGGGUCGUAAGAGUAAGGUGUUGGGGAAGGUAAGCUGUAAGAACGUCAAGCGGGACUGUCCUGAGCCUAGCUGUGAUGACCCAGUACUGCUACCUGGACAAUGUUGCAAGACCUGCCCCAAAGGCGAGGUGGACAGGAAGCAGGCGGAGGCGGUGUUUGAUGGCUUCGAGUACUUCCAGGAGAAGGAGAAAGAGGAUGACCUGCACAAGUCCUACAAUGACCGCUCAUACCUCAGCUCUGAGGACAUUUCCUCUGGGGAGAGCCGCACUGACUUUGUAGCAGUGUUGACGGGAGUGACAGGCUCCUGGUUACCCAGCUCCAGUGGUGUGGCCCGGGCACGCUUCUCUCUCACUAGAACCAGCCUGACCUUCUCCAUCACCUACCAGAGGAUUGGGCGACCAAGCAGGGUUGCCUUCCUUGAUUCAGAUGGAAACACUGCGUUUGAGUACAAGACCCCUAAGAGAGACUCAGACAUGAUCUGCGGGGUGUGGAAGAAUCUUCCCCAAUCCCACGUGCGACAGCUACAGGCAGAACAACUUCGGGUUACUAUGACAACAGCCACUGGUAGACGGGAGCAGAUCGAAGGAAAGAUCAUCAAACACAGAGCACUGUUCGCAGAGACGUUCAGCUCCACUCUGACCUCAGAAAAAGAGCAUUCUGGGAUGGGAGGCAUCGCCAUGCUGACUCUGAGUGACACAGAGAACAACCUUCACUUCAUCCUCAUACUGCAGGGAUUGAUACAACACAGACAGAGAGACUCCCCCCUGGUGCCCAUCCGGGUACGACUGCAGUACAGCCAACAUGUCCUGAGAGAGAUCCAUGCCAACGUCACCGCCUAUGACCCAGACUUUGCUGAGGUACUGACAGACCUGAACAGUCGGGAGCUCUUCUGGUUGUCAAGGGGCCAGCUGGUGAUCGCCGUAGAAACCGAGGGCCCGGACCCGAGACACAUCUCUGGCUUCAUCACUGGAAGGAAGUCAUGUGACACCAUCCAGAGUGUCAUGUCCAGUGGUGAUGCAUUGACACCAGGGAAGACAGGUGGUGUGGGAUCAGCAUUCUUUCAUCUCCAUGACAACGGCACCCUGGACUACCAGGUCCAGAUAGCGGGGUUAUCCAGUGAAGUGGUGGGUCUGACCAUCGAGCUAAAGCCUCGGCGGCGCAGUAAGCGCUCCGUGCUGUAUGACCUAGCUUCAGAGUUCGACAGGCCCAGCGGGCGAGCGACGGGAAGCUGGAGUCGUCUGGAGGCGCGUCACAUCCACAUGCUGCUGCAGAACGAACUGUUCAUCAACGUGGCUACAGCACACAGCCAGGAGGGGGAGCUACGCGGACAGAUCAGAGGCCUGCUCUACAGCGGUCUGGAGGCACCCAGACAUGAGAUCCCUAUCCCUCUGGCAGGCCAGUUUGUGGCCCCUCCAGUCCUGACCAGUGCUGGGGGCCAUGCCUGGGUGUCUGUGGAUGAGCGCUGUCACCUCCAUUAUGAGAUCGUGGUGGCAGGCCUCAGCAAAGCUGAUGACCUCACAGUCAGCGCCCACCUUCAUGGAUUUGCCGAAAUCGGAGAGCUUGGCGAGAGCAGCACCAAUCACAAGAGACUGCUGACAGGGUUCUACGGUUCUCAGGCCCAGGGUGUGUUGAAGGACAUCAGUGUAGAGUUGUUGCGUCACCUGGACAGAGGGACAGCCUUCAUUCAGGUCAGCACCAAGGUCAACACCAGAGGAGAGAUACGUGGACGGGUCCAUGUGCCUAACAACUGUGAGUUUGGGACAAGGGGUGAGGUGGAGGUGGCUGAGUUUGAUGGCCUGUUUGUGCAUGAUCCUGAGGAACUAAAGAAAGACCCCCACACCUGUUUCUUCGAGAGUCAACACCAUGCCCACGGCUCACUCUGGACCCCGAACUACAACAACUGUUUCACCUGCAGCUGUCAGAAGCGCACAGUGAUCUGUGACCCGGUCAUCUGUGCAGUCCUCACCUGUUCUCGCACCAUACAACCUGAGGACAAGUGCUGCCCCGUGUGUCUCGAGAGGAAAGACCCCAAGAACAUGAAGACUCCAGAGAGGCUAGAUGAGCAUCCAGAAGGUUGUUACUUUGAGGGGGACCAGAAGAUGCAUGCUCCUGGGUCAACAUGGCAUCCAUUCGUCCCUCCAUUUGGCUACAUCAAGUGUGCUCUCUGCACCUGCAAGGGGGCGACAGGCGAGGUGCACUGUGAGAAGGUGACGUGUCCAGCCCUGACCUGCAGUCGUCCGGUACGCCGUAGCCCCUCAGACUGCUGUAAGGAAUGUCCGGAGGAAGACAAACCCCCCUUGGUGCACGCUGACAUGAUGCAGGCAGACGGAACGCGUCACUGCAAGUUUGGGAAGAACUUCUACCAGAACAGUGACAACUGGCACCCCCGUGUACCCUUGAUGGGAGAGAUGAAGUGCAUCACCUGCUGGUGUGACCAUGGUGUGACUAAGUGUCAGAGGAAACAGUGUCCAGUUCUGACCUGUAGUAACAUCACCCGCCGGGAGGGCAUGUGCUGUCCUGAGUGCCAAGAUUCCAAAGAGGAAGAGGAGGAGCUGAUGAAAGUUCCGGAAAAGAAGAACAGCUGGAGACACUGAGCUGAGAUGCCCUCUCCACCCGCAUCCCCCACUUCUACCUUCCCCCGCACCCC